GUCCUAUCUCCUAUGUCUUGAAUCUUUAGAUGCUCCUCUUUUUAUAUAUAAACGAAAAAGGGAAAGCAAAACAAUCGACACACGACCACAUGACAGAGAAUAACCCCAAAAAAAUUUCUUCUUCCUCAGGUAAGAUUCCUGGUGACGAUGGCCCCAAAAAAAUUUCAGGGCCGAAGAGUCAUAUAAACCCACCAGAAAGAGAGAUUCCGGAUGCAGCAACUCUGAGAGAUCAAUGGAGGUAUGCCAUCAGACAGUACAGUAAAUGGUACUCUCACGCUUGGGGCACUGCCAUUCUUGCUGGGACUGCCUUCUUUGCCCUCGGCUGGAUCAUCAAGGGAGAGAACCCCAUUCCCUCUUUCAACUCCAACAAACCCUCUGAUAAAGACAACACUCACCCCUGAUGCUUCUUUUAAGGCCCAUUGACUGGAAUCAAGCCACACAAGAACUGCUUUUGGUUGACAAAAGCCCUGGCACCUUGGUUGCAAUUGUCUAAUAAGGAAGUAUGAUGUUUAUAAUCGAGUCUCGUGAUACAAUGGUUAUUUUGCUUCUCUUAAACUGGGUUUUGUCACUGUAUCGAUGUGGAUGUAAGGCAAAACAUUGUGUAUAUUCAAAUGCUUUUGGUAUGGAAUGAACGUUAGGAAAAAGAUUGUACUAUUCAAGUGCUUCCUCCUUACUUGUAAUUUAUGAUUGAUUAGGAUCCAUUAAGGUUCAAGUUUGGUCCCGUUUGAUGUUCAAACUUGACAAUCGCAAAUGUAAUUACAUUCCAUCAAACAAUCGCAAUCAUAGUAAAAAAAAGCAAAUGAUGUGAAAUAGCACAUGGUUGUUAGUAAGUA